AUGACUAGCGAGUGUUACAACUGUAGGUUAAAGAAAAGCCAUAUAGAGGAGAGUGUGGGAAUCCUUAGCACCAAGAUAUCCGAGGUUAAUAUUAAGGAGAGGAGCCUCCUAGCCCAACUCAAGGAAGUCAAGAACUUCAUCAUUUCAAAGGUUGAGGACAGAUAUAGAGAACUAACUACAGAGGUCACUAAGAGGACCAGGGAUAAACGGAAAACUCUGGAGGCCAGGAAAAACAAUUUAGACCGUUCUUUCUGGCAGGCAGAAUACGCUCUCUCCUUCAUAGAUCAUGUUGUCAACGGAAAUAUAGAGGACGAGAAACUUCUUCUUUCCAAGAAGUUAGUAAUGCGUCAGAUGAAACGGCUGAAGCGAGUCAAUCAGGCCGUUAACCUCCCCCCUUCAGAGCUCGAGUUCAAGUUAGAUUUAUAUUUCCAGAGCUUUUCCUCACAAUCCCUUCACAGUAAUCUAGCAAGUGUAGUCAGGAUGACCUUGGCAGAUAUAAAAGUUAGCAGUAUACCAAUAGAAGCACACAAACCUAAGGCUCCUCCCCCAGCUCAACCUGCUCCCCCUCCAAGCCCUAUCCGACAACCAGUAACUCCCAACCGAACCCUCGCACUUCCCUCUCCUGGUCAAGGGAUGGGGCGGGGAAGUCCGGUCAACAGAGGAAACCUGGGGGGCGUGGUUAGACAAUUAGCCACACCCACAAAAGCUCCGAGACCUGUUAUGAAGAAUAUGAGUCCAGCAAGGUCUUUGAUUGGACAACAAGCUGGUAGAGGAGCACAGCGAGUUCAAAUUGUGUCACAACGACCUAUGGGAGCAGGAGGAGUUCGAGGUCGGGGACGGGGGAAUAAGAUGCAAGCUGUUGCGCUUCAGGGAAUGAAUUCCCCGGGAAUGGGAGGGAUGAAUCCUGGGAUGGGAGGAAUGGGACUGGGUCGAGGAUCCCCUGGUUUACGAGGCCGAGGACAGAAUCCCAGGGGUUUAAUGAAGCAGACUGGUAUGGUGAUGGGACAGGGGAUGCGGGGAGGUAGGGCCCAGCCAAUGCUUCAGGGGCAACAAGGUGGAAUGAUGAGAGGAGGGGGUCAGGGGCAGCAGAUGAGAGGUGUUGGGGGAAGAAUGCGAGGACAGCUUAUGCAACAACAAAACAGUAGGCGUGGCCGACCAGCUACUGAGAGUGCUAUGAUGCAGGGCGGGGCUCCGCCGCCGAGGUUCAACGCUCAAAAUCAACAAUACACAAAUGCAGCUCUAGGUUUGAAUAGUCCAGCUUUUAUUCCCAACAACAAGCAGCAACAGCUUCAAAGAAGGCAGCAGCAGCAACAGCACCAGAAACAACAAAUGCUGCAGCAACCACAACAAUACGCCGUUCAGCAACAAUCAUUUUCUCCGAUACAGCAGCAAGCGUUUCCACAGUCGGUUCAGUUACCAGCCCGCAGUAAACCUGUUCCUCAGGUUCAGCCUCAUCCUCAAGUUCUCCAUGUUCAAUCAAACGCAGGAGCCCUCAACACCGUCCCAUCAGGGUUGAGCAUCCAACAAGUUGCUUCCGGCGGUAACUCACUUGUACCGCCCUCCCUCGCCUCCCCCGGUUCCUCCUGGCACACGCCGAGCAACGCGAAUCGACCGGCCUCUCCACCUCAGAUGCCAGAGAACAGUUUUAAGAUUACUUUACCGAAGAUGGCCGUUGGCGGAGGGUUAGGGAAUUUAAAGAAAGAAUCUUCUCCUGAAAUUAUAGAUCUAGACUCCUCUGGACCCUCCAAGAUUCCGGCUCACUUAAAUAUAACAAGAAUUGGGAGUCAUCUUCAGAUGGGACCAAGAUCCAUGGAUCCAAGUAUUCCAGGAUCUAUGGAUCCAAGUAUUCAAGGAUCCAUGGAUCCAAGUAUUCGAGGGUCUAUGGACCAGUUCCAAGGUCGGCCCGGGAUGAAUAUAUCUAAGGUUGAGGAAGGGGUUGACCCACUAGGAGACGAGAGCCAGCGUGUUGGUUCCUCUGACAGACCAAUGGUUUCCUUGACUAUGGGCGCUGUAAAGACUGAGAGAACACCGGGAAUAAAAACUGAGUCAAGGAUAGUAGACGCCAGACAGAUGGAUACAAAGAUUAACAUAAAUAAACUACCUGCCCCUGCUAGAGUCAUGGAGGGGUCAGCUCAAAAGGACCGGACCGAUGGAGAUUGGUGUGCAGUGUGUCAUGAUGGAGGAGACACUUUGUACUGCUGUGACCGGUGUCCAAAAGUUUACCAUCUCUACUGUUACAUACCUCCGCUCUCGGACGAACCUGCCGACGAUUGGGUGUGUCUUAGCUGCAGUUCAAGGGAUGAAAUAUUCUCGGUAGGAAAUUAUAACCUAUAUGUUACCAUUAAAAAAAUGGCAUUUUUCUAACUACAAAAUUAAAGC